UUUUUUUAUUGUUUAAUAGGAGCGUCGCUCUCGCGGCAUAAUCACAUCUCGUUCGAAAAUGAAUUGUCUUCAUUGCGUUCCUGGUGCUGCUCUAUUGGUCAGAUCGUCGUAACGGAUUGGAAGACCCCGGCAGUUUCCGUUAAUGCGCUCCGCAUCGCAUCUCUCCUGAAAAAUGUGGAGUUUUUCCUGCGUCACAGGUGUUCGUUUCCACCAUGAGGUGUGCUGUUUGUGGGCCACAGCAGCCAGUCGGACAGCCCGAUGAUUCGCCUCUCAUCGAUUCAGAUGGUAUCCAGCGAGCUGAGCCUGGCAGUGGAGGACGACGACUUGUCGAGUAAUAUGAAGGAGAUGAUUGGAGGCUGCUGCGUUUGCUCAGACGAGAGAGGCUGGGCCGAGAACCCACUGGUUUACUGUGACGGCCACGGAUGUAAUGUCGCUGUUCAUCAAGCAUGUUAUGGCAUUGUACAAGUCCCUACAGGACCCUGGUUUUGUAGAAAAUGUGAAUCUCAGGAGAGAGCAGCUAGGGUGAUAAAAGGAUGGAAGGGAAGAAAAUCGCGCCUUCAGAGCACUGGUGGAGGAAGAGGAGGUGGAGGAAGACGGUCUAUGGCCCAUCGAAAAAGUGCUGAAGGAGGAGGACGUGGCAAGGGUUUAAAAAGUGUGAAUACUUGGAGAUGUGAAUUGUGCCCGCAUAAAGAUGGUGCCCUCAAGAGGACAGACAAUGGGGGUUGGGCCCAUGUGGUAUGUGCAUUGUAUAUUCCUGAAGUGCAGUUUGCUAAUGUGGCUACGAUGGAGCCAAUUGUGUUGCAAUCCGUUCCUCACGAGCGCUAUAAUAAGACUUGCUACAUUUGUGAAGAACAAGGCAGAGAAAGUAAAGCUGCCACGGGUGCCUGUAUGACUUGCAACAAGCAUGGAUGCCGACAUGCUUUUCAUGUGACCUGCGCUCAAUUUGCUGGCCUUCUUUGUGAAGAGGAAGGUUCUGAAGCAGACAACGUAAGGUACUGCGGGUACUGCAAAUACCAUUACAGCAAACUGAAACACAAGGAAAGAGACAAACAUAAACCGAAGCACAGACGAACAGUGGAGCCUGUUCUUGUCCCUUCUUUGACUGUAACAACAGAGAAGACUUACACAAGCACAAGCACUGGAGGAAGCCCCUUGCCGGUCUCCCUAAAGCGUCUGGAGGAGACCGCUGCACGAUUUACAAAUGCAAACUUCCAGGAAGUGCCUGCACAUCCAGCCAGUGGAAAAGAUAGCAGUGCAGAGGUGAAAGGGGCAGAGGGCAAAGGAAAGAAGGCCACUGGUCACAGUGUAGCUCAAAGAGGAAGGAAGCCUGGUGCUGGAAAGACUCCGGCCACAGUUACAUCGGCGGCUGUAGUCACUACCUCCACCAGCCCUUUAAAGCAAGCAAGCCUUCUGGGAAGCCUUGGAAAUGUAAAGUCAAACCCUGGAAGCAGCUCUGUCCAGUUGCCCCAGGAAUUUGGGAGCUUUGCUGAUUCUGAUCUGCGCAACGACACUUACUCGCAGCAAAUACACGCCAGAGGCUUGUCCAAAGGAGGGGAUGCAACGACUCCAGAAGGCCUCAAUGCUUUCUCUUCGCUUAUGACACUACAGUCAGCUGUCACGUCUGGUUCUGUAGCAAAUAAGGCCUAUGAAAGUUCUCAUGCUGAAUACUCGGGCCUAACAUCAGCAAGCUAUAAGAGACCAACAACUUCCACUGGCAGUAUGGAUGAGGACAGUGGAGUAAAGGAGAAGAAGCGCAGAGGAAAUAAGCGAAAUAAAUAUGGACCUGGCAGGCCCAGAGGGAACAAGACUCAGGAGACAGCUCCACUACUGUCUGCUUCUUCUGCAUCCCCGGCCUCCUCGGUGGCGUCGGCUAGCAGCAGUCUUACAGGAGUGAGCACUGGGGGCAGCAACACACAGAAAUCCCCACCACCUCUUCGGAAUGGAAGCGUACAAAAUCUAAAUGUGGCCUCGCCACCAGCUGCAUUAGGUGCAUUCCAAGCCACUGAUGCCCCAGCAACGCUACCAAGCACCAUUUUGGGGUCAAACACUGCUGCUCUGCCAGUCUCCCAAAUACCUCAGCCAUCUGCCAGCCACGUGCACCAAGCAGUCCCUUCAUUGGCUCCUCCUACCACAACCCAGGCUAAUGCUUUACCAGGGGCCACAUUUAAUUUUACCCCAUCACACACAUUUGGGAACCACUUGAAUUCCAAUCCUGCAGUCACCCCACUGAUUGCCCAGUCAGAUAACAACCCUGCAGAUCAAGAAGUUCAGGACAGUAGUCGAAGCCUUGCUGUAAGAAGCAGUUCGCCUAAAGGAACACUCUCGCCACGGUCUCCGGCAAGCGGCUUACAGGUCCGGUAUGACCAGUCGAGCAGCGGCAGUUUGGAACAUCUUCCACCUGUUGCAACGAGCAUAGAGCAGCUGCUGGAGAGGCAGUGGAGUGAGGGGCAGCAGUUCUUGCUUGAACACAGCACAACAGGAGAUAUCCUUGGAAUGUUGAAGUCUCUCUAUCAGCUACAGGUAGAGAAUCGCAGACUAGAAGAGCAGAUCAAAGCACUGACUGCAAGGAAAGAACAGCUUCAGCUUCUGAGGGCUCAGCUUUCACUUCCCUUUGCCAGCAACACCCCCAGCUCCACUUUGUCACCCCAAUUGCAUGCUUUUUCUUCCCAAAAUGAUGUUACGAACAGCAGCAAGAGCCCUCAUCUGCCCGGCAGUUAUCUCCCUGACUCGUUGCUUCCAACGACAGUUCAGGAUGCUUGCUCUAGUGCACAGAGCACUACCAGCUCCUCUGUAUCAACACCACCCCCUGUUGGUCAGAGCCCUCCUCGGCAGAACUCAACGGUGGUUGCUGGAGUCCCACAAGUCAAUGGUGUGGCUGUAGGAGCACUGGCCAACAGUCUGCAACCAGUCCCAUCCUCCAUUCCCUCGCUUCCAGGCGUUGGAGGGCUUAUGGGUACUAUCCCAGGAAAUCAGCUGGCAAUCAAUGGGAUUGUUGGUGCAUUGAAUGGGGUCAUACAGACACCUGCGACAAUGGGCCUGCCUGCUGCACUCACAAACAGCACUUCAGGCCUGGCGUUGCUUUCCGAUCAGCAAAGACAAAUCCUGCUUCAGCAACAGCAGUUGCAGCAAUUUCUUGCAUCCCAGCCAGUCCCUCAGGAUCAGCAUCAGGCUCUCCUCUACCAGCUCAUGCAGCAGCAGCACCACCAGCAUGAGCUGCAGCAGCUUCAGCUCUCAGCAGCAGCUCAGCUGCCUAUCAAUAGCCUGCUCACCAGUGGCCAGGCUCCAGGCCAGCACACACUGGGCAACAACCCCUUCCUAGCCAUUCACGGGGACCCAUCUGCUCAAAAAGUCGCUAGACUAAGUGACAAGAGUGGCUCCAGCACACAGGACAAAAGCUGACCCAGGACUGACUGCGUCUUUGAGAAACCCUCAACCUUUCACACAACUCUGGAUGUAUGGGAGCAUCACUGACUUCACUUGACUCGACAUUCCCUGACCGUGUCGGGUCUGCACAGGUGUCAUUAUUUUGCACUAAACAGCUGUUAAUCAACUCUAGACUUCAGGGAACAUGUGUCCAAAGGAUUUUCGGGACAGCGCCCCGCUUUUCUUGGCGCCACACCUUGCAUCUUGGUGCCAAGUCUGGGAGACGUGCACUAAGGUGGCAGUAGCCUGUCAUCGAGGUCCACUGGCCUGAAAAAGCGCUCUGAUGGAAGGAUGGCAGCGUGUCUUACUCUCCAGCAUCUCUCUGGCUUUUUGUUUAUGCGUUUUGUGCAGCUCAAGCAAUCCCUUCUGUUCAGGAUGUUUUUAAAUUUUAGAUUUUAAUUCGUUUACAAUCGCUUGUACCUACUUGAUUUUUUUUUUCCCUUUAAACUUUGGUUAAGAAUGUUAAAUGCAAGCUGCAUUAACCACCAGUCAUUUGCGACUCCUUCCCAGUGGGUCAUGAGAAUAGAGGGAUAGCCUGGAGGCAGAUGGUGCAAUGGUGGCCACCACAACUUCAAGCUGAUGGAAGAGCAAUAUUUAAAAGAAGUGACCGGACAGAACAUUGCUACUAGCUAGCGGGCCGGUCCACGUGGUUUUUUUUUUAUUUUAUUUUUUCUUCUUCUUCUUCUUCCCUGGACACAGAUUGUAAAUUGAGUGAGUAGCGUCCGCUGUCUGCAGAGCUUCAGGCAUCUUGUACUCGAGCCAGUGUCUCGAUUGCACACUUUGUACCUCGCAAGUCUGUAAAUAAUUAGAAGAGACUGUCCAUGUUGAACUCUGAGCGGCCUCGAUUUGUAAACGACAGCUGAGCUAUGACUGGAGACAAAGUAUUAUUAAUUUAUUUUUAUAUAAGCAGGGGAUUUUACAUUUGUUCACAUCAUUUCCUACAAAUAAAAGGAGCCGCAAGCUUUAUUUGGGUUUGGGUGAUUUUAAGCGGCCUUUGUCCAGAAUGAAUGAGUGCAAAUACAGAAGAUACAAUUAUAUUUAACGAUCAUUUCAAACACAACCAAUCAUAGGAUUGUUUUUCUAUCAGCAAAUCCAUUUCUCUUGUGUCUGCCAAGUCUCAUUUUUAAAAAUGGCCUAUGAUGUACAAGAAAGGUUUCUAAUAAUAAAUUAAAAAGCAAA